AUGCAGCGCCCUCGACAGCGCGGCGACAACCCCAUCGUGUUCCUCGACGUCUCGAUCGGCGAGAAGAACGUCGGUCGUCUGCUGAUUGAGCUGCGUGCCGAUGUAGUGCCCCGAACGGCUGAAAACUUUCGACGACUUUGUACUGGAGAAACGAGGGAGCUUCGAACAGGACGACGACGCCACUACGCGAAGUGUCCGUUCCACCGAGUCGUCAAGGACAAAUUCUGCCAGUCAGGAGACUACGCUAAUCACGACGGGUCUGGUGGCGAGUGCACCUUCGGCCAUAAGGUGCCACCUCCGCCGUCGACCUUUGACGACGAAAACUUCAUCCUUCGCCACACGGGGACAGGUGUGCUGUCCAUGGUGAACACGGGUCCAGACUCCAACACAUGCCAGUUCUACCUGCACUUUGCUUCGCAACCGAGUUUGGAUGGCAAGCACGUGGUCUUCGGCUGCCUCAUGGACGCUGAAAGCUACAACAUCCUGGAGCAAAUCAACGCAGUAGCGACGGCUCGAGGAGACCCCAAACAACCAGUCAAGAUAACUCGGGCGGGGCAACUUUUCCCUGCGUAG